AUGUUGCCUGCGGGCGCCAGGCUCAUAUGCGAGGGGCGCUUCGGCAAGCUGCUUCGGGAGGGCAAGACGCUCAAGCCCGACACGCGCAAAGGAAUGAUCCGCAUCGUGAGGACGGAGGACGGCCUGGUGCAUCUGAUGUGGGCGGAGCGCAGUGAUGAAGGCGUUGUCAAGCAGGAUGCGGAGGAUGACGCGAUCCUGUUCCCUGAGGAGGCCACGUUUGCACAGAUCCCCAACCAGCGGGCGGCCGCCCUCAAAUUCUCAAACGAGCCCGACAGAAACAUGUUUUUCUGGCUCCAAGAGGCGUCCGCCGACGCCGAUGCGGCGCUAAUCUCUCGCAUCAACGCCGCCAUCAACGCGCCUCUGGGCGAGGACGGCGGCGGCGCUGACGAGGACGGCGAUGACGUCAUGGAUGAGGAGGCGGGGGACGCGCCCGAGAGGGACGCACUGCUGAGGGGCGCGCUGGCCACCGGCCCCGCGGCCGGUUUGACGAUGCCGGCUGGGGAGACCGUGGGCGUGGUGCCGCAGGGCCCCGGCCAGGAGCCGUGGCAGGGACAGGGGGACCCUGCUGCACAGCUCGCCGCGAUGCUCAGCGGCAUCGCAAGGGGCGUGCCCGCGGGUCCUGGCGCAGGGGCUGGGGCCGGCGGCUCGCACCAGGACGCCGGCUCCGCGCUCGGCGCCGCGCUGCUGGCGGCGCUCGCGCGGCAGCAGCAUGCGGCGCGCGGGCACGGCGCGGCGGCGGGGCCUAGCCUGGCGGACGUGCUGCGGCCCGAGGUGGUGGCGCCGCUGCUGGCAGACCCCGAGGUCUUGGAACGUCUGGGCCAGCACCUGCCCGAGGAGCACCGCUCCCUGGGGGAGCUGCGCCAGCUGGCGCGCAGCGCGCAGUUCCAGCAGCAGCUCGCGGCGUUCAGCGGGGCGCUGCAGACCGGGCAGCUGGACCUGUCGCAGUUCGGGCUCAGGGCCGAGGGCUUCAGCGUGACUGAUUUUCUCAACGCCCUGGAGGAGCUGGUGGAGCGGGAGCGGCGGCAGGAGGGGGGGCAGCAGCAGCAGCAGCAGCAAGAGCAGCAGCAAUAG